AUGAGCCACGAGCUGCAAGAGACGUAUGCGUGCAUGCCCACGACGGAGCGCGGCCGCGGGAUUCUAAUCUCCGGCGACGCCAAGUCCAACUCCAUCGUCUACACCAACGCCAGAUCGGUGGUCAUCAUGAACAUCCAGAACCCCCUCCAUGUCUCCGUCUACGGGGACCAUGCCUACCCCGCCACUGUCGCGCGCUUCUCCCCCAACGGUGAGUGGGUCGCCUCCGCCGACGCCUCCGGCACCGUCAGGAUCUGGGGCACGCGAAAUGACUUCGUCUUGAAGAAGGAGUUCAGAGUACUCUCCGCCCGCAUCGACGACCUUCAGUGGUCCCCCGACGGCCUCCGAAUCGUUGCCUGCGGCGAAGGCAAAGGGACGUCCUUCGUCCGCGCUUUCAUGUGGGAUUCAGGGACCAAUGUUGGAGAAUUUGACGGUCACUCGCGCCGGGUUUUGAGUUGUGCAUAUAAACCCACUAGACCUUUUCGCGUUGUUACCUGUGGAGAGGAUUUUCUGGUUAACUUUUAUGAGGGACCUCCCUUUAGAUUUAAGCUGUCUCACAGGGAUCAUUCAAAUUUUGUGAAUUGUGUAAGAUAUUCUCCUGAUGGCAGCAAAUUUAUAAGUGUAAGUUCUGACAAAAGGGGUUUUAUAUUCGAUGGAAAGAGUGCAGAAAAGAUUGGUGAGUUGUCUUCUGAAGGUGGGCAUACUGGAAGUAUUUAUGCUGUUAGCUGGAGUCCUGAUGGAAAGCAGGUGCUAACUGUAUCUGCUGAUAAGUCUGCAAAAGUAUGGGACAUAUUUGAAGACAAUAACGGAAAGGUGAAGAAAACAUUGACUUGUCCUGGCACUGGUGGAGUUGAAGAUAUGCUAGUGGGGUGCCUAUGGUUGAAUGAUUAUCUUGUCACUGUUUCUCUGGGUGGAACAAUAUCUAUAUUUUUAGCAAGUGAUCUUGAUAAAGCCCCGACAGCAUUUUCUGGACAUAUGAAAAAUGUUUCCUCCUUAUCUAUUCUUAGAAGUAACCCUAGAGUGCUCUUGUCUAGCAGUUAUGAUGGCUUAAUAGUUAAGUGGAUUCAAGGGAUUGGAUAUAGUGGAAAACUACAAAGGAAGGAAAGUUCUCAAAUCAAAGGCCUAACAGCUGUAGAAGAAGAGAUUGUUACAUCUGGAUUUGAUAAUAAGAUAAGGCGAGUUUCUUUACAUGGGGAUCAGUGUGGAGAUGCUGAGGCCAUUGAUAUAGGAAGUCAACCGAAGGAUUUAAGUGUUGCACUUCUUUCUCCUGAGCUUGCUCUAGUUUCAAUUGAUUCUGGAGUUGUCAUGCUGCGUGGUACAAAAAUUGUGUCAACCAUUAAUCUGGGGUUUAUUGUGUCUGCAUCUGCUGUCUCACCUGAUGGAAGUGAAGCCAUUAUCGGUGGACAGGAUGGUAAAUUGCACAUAUAUUCUAUUUCUGGUGAUACUCUUGUAGAAGAGGCUGUCGUUGAGAAACAUAGGGGUGCUGUUAGUGUCAUACGUUACUCUCCAGAUGUUUCAAUGUUUGCAUCAGGGGAUGUCAAUCGAGAAGCUAUAGUGUGGGACCGUGCCUCCCGGGAAGUGAAGCUGAAGAACAUGUUGUAUCAUACUGCUAGGAUAAACUGCCUUGCAUGGUCACCUGAUAACCGUAGGAUUGCUACAGGAUCGCUUGACACGUGUGUCAUUAUAUAUGAAGUUGAUCAGCCUGCAUCUAGUAGAAUUACCAUAAAGGGUGCUCAUUUAGGUGGGGUUUAUGGCUUAGCAUUCACUGACGAGUAUAGUUUGGCUAGCUCAGGUGAGGAUGCUUUUAUCCGUGUAUGGAAGAUAACCCCUCCUUGA